AGCCAUGGCGGCGGCGGCGGCCGCUCGGUGCGGGCGGGACCCGUGCGGUGCCCUCUGCCCGCUCCUCACCUACCUCGGCGUGGGCUACGCCGACUACGCCGUGCUGGCCCACGUCCUGCCGCAGCCCGCCCUGCGCGGCAGCCCCUGGUGCCCGGUCCACGCCGCUGCUUUCAACCUCAUCGUUCUGCUGCUGCUGGCCAGCCACGCGCGCGCUGUCCUCGCCGACCCCGGCUUGGUUCCCCUCCCGGACACCGCCAUCGACUUCUCCGACCUGCGCAGCGCAGCCCCGCGGAAGCCCGAGAAGAGCCCAGAGGAGUGGACGGUGUGCGAGCGCUGCGAGGCGUAUCGCCCCCCCCGCGCCCACCACUGCCGCGUCUGCCACCGCUGCGUGCGCCGCAUGGAUCACCACUGCCCCUGGAUCAACAACUGCGUUGGUGAGUUGAACCAGAAAUACUUCAUCCAGUUCCUCUUCUACACGGCUUGCUCUGUGCCAGGGCUGGCUAGUCUCUAUGCUGCUGGGCUAGUGCUGGCCACCUGGCUGGGACCACCCGGCAGGAGCCCCGUGGGGACGGCAGCGGGAGGAGAGAGCGGCAGCAACCGGAUCCAGACGGCUCACAGCAUCGUUCUGCUGUUCGAGUCCCUCCUCUUCGGGGCCUUUGUUGCCGUUGUGUUUUAUGAUCAGCUCGUUUCCAUCAUCACGGAUGAGACCCCCUUGGAGAAGCUCCAGAAGAAGGGGCUGAAGGAGAUGGACCGUGGGGGGCUGCGUGCCCCCAGACCCAAACUGGCGCUGCUGCGGGAGGUGUUUGGGCGAGGCUUUGUGCUCUGCUGGCUCUGCCCCUGCAGCUGCAGCCCCCCCCCAGGCCCGGGGUACAGCCCCCUGCCCAGUCGCUACGUCUGAGCCCCCCCCACACCCGGGAGGACGCUGGAAACACUGUCAGCAGCUCCAUGCUGGGAUUUGGAGCUGGAGGGAGCUUCACCACCUCCGAGCCUGGCUGUGUGAGCCCUCUCACCCCCCAGGGGAUGAAUUUGCACCCCCAGACCCACGCACCCACCCAGCAGCAUCCUGUUGGCACUGUGGUGGGGGUCCCGGCAGAGCGGGUGCCCAGCCCCACCCACCCUGGGGCACAGGGCUCUGGGAAGGGGGUGUCAGGAGGGUCCUGGGGCAGUGUGGCCGUGCCCUGUGUGCCCUGCUGUCAUCUUGAGACAGGGACAGACCUCCGGCCACCCCCAGGGCUGAUGCAGCAGGAGGAGGUACCCAAUAAAGUCCCGUUCGGUGCUGGG